UCACGGCGGUGUAUGGUGGCCGCAGUGAGGGAGACGGUAGAGGAUCGGACCGGCUGCACCGAGCCCCCGGCGGAGAAGCUGCUGGACCCGGCCUGCAUGGGCUCUGCGCCGAUUCACUGAGCGGAGAGGUUCGGACACGGCUUCCAAGGUGGCGACAGACAAGGUUGCGGAGAAGCUGAGUUCUACUCUCUCAUGGGUGAAGAACACGGUGUCGCACACUGUCAGUCAAAUGGCAAGUCAGGUGGCGAGUCCAUCCACGUCACUGCACACCACGUCCCCCUCCACCACCCUGUCCACGCCAGCACUGUCCCCGUCCUCUCCGGUCAAGCUCAGUCCUGACGAAGUGGAAUUGUUGGCCAAGCUAGAAGAACAGAACCGGCUGCUGGAGACAGACAGUAAGUCCCUGCGGUCCGUCAAUGGCUCCAGAAGGAACAGCGGCUCCUCGCUGGUAUCCAGCUCCUCGGCCUCCAGUAACCUCAGUCACCAUCAGGAGGAGGACGCCUGGCUGCUCUGGGGACGGAUCGUCAACGAGUGGGAGGAGGUGUACAAGAAGAAGGAGAAGCAGAUCAAGGAACUUGUCAGGAAAGGGAUCCCGCAUCACUUCCGUGCCAUCGUCUGGCAGCUCUUAUGUAACGCUCAGAAUAUGGCCAUCAAAGAGCAGUACUCCGAGCUCCUGAAGAUGACCUCGCCGUGCGAGAAACUCAUCAGGCGGGACAUCGCCAGGACGUACCCGGAGCACGAUUUCUUCAAGGAGAAGGACAGUCUGGGCCAAGAAGUUCUCUUCAAUGUCAUGAAGGCGUAUUCUCUAGUAGAUCGUGAAGUCGGGUACUGCCAGGGAAGCGCCUUUAUCGUAGGUCUUCUUCUUAUGCAGAUGCCUGAAGAAGAAGCGUUCUGUGUGUUUGUGAAGUUAAUGCAGGACUAUCGCCUGCGGGAGCUCUUUAAGCCCAGUAUGGCGGAGCUGGGACUCUGCAUGUAUCAGUUCGAGUGUAUGAUUCAGGAGCAGCUGCCGGAGCUUUUUGUGCACUUUCAAGCCCAGAGUUUUCAUACCUCCAUGUACGCAUCUUCCUGGUUUUUGACAAUUUUUCUUACAAGUUUUCCACUACCGAUCGCCACCAGAAUAUUUGAUAUAUUUAUGUUAGAGGGUUUAGAGAUUGUGUUUCGGGUCGGCCUCGCUGUUCUUCAGAUGAACCAGGCAGAACUGAUGCAGCUGGAUAUGGAAGGGAUGUUACAGCACUUUCAGAAGGUCAUUCCGCAUCAGUUUGAUGGAGGUCCUGAGAAGAUGAUUCAAGCUGCUUACCAAGUAAAAUACAAUGCAAAAAAGAUGAAAAAGUUAGAAAAAGAAUACACUACAAUAAAGACAAAAGAGAUGGAAGAGCAAGUGGAAAUCAAGAGGUUGCGCACAGAGAACCGGCUGCUGAAGCAACGCAUCGAAACCUUGGAGAAGGAGAGUGCAUCCUUGGCAGAUAGAUUGAUCCAGGGACAAGUGACAAGGGCCCAGGAGGCAGAGGAAAACUACCUCAUAAAACGGGAGCUGGCCACCAUGAAGCAGCAGAAUGAUGAGUCCAGCGGUAAGCUGGAGCAGGCCCAGUACACCAUCAGCGAGCUGCGGCAACAACAGCAAUUGCAUAAGUGUAAUCCGCGUUAUUCCGAGGACUUUGUUCUGCAGCUGGAGACAGAGCUGGUGCAUGCCCGGCUGAAAGAGGCCGAAUCCCACUGUGCCAUGAAGGAAAUGCAGGACAAGAUCCUGGACAUAGAGAAGAGAAAUAGUUCCUUCCCGGAUGAGAACAACCUCGCCAGACUUCAAGAAGAACUUAUAGCCGUGAAGAUCAGAGAAGCAGAAGCCAUAACAGGAUUAAAGGAGCAGAAGCAGCAGAUAAAGGACCUGGAGGAGCACUGGCAGAGACAUUUGGCGCGCACCGCUGGUCGGUGGAAAGAUCCGCCUAAAAAGAAUACGGUGAAUGAGCUGCAGGACGAACUGAUGAGCGUGCGCCUCAGAGAAGCGGAGCGGCAGGCCGACCUGCGAGAGAUAAAGCAGCGGAUGAUGGAGCUGGACACUCAGAACCAGAUAAACAGUAACCAUCUCCGAAGAGCCGAGAAGGAGGUGAACAGUCUCCAAUCCAAGGUGCAAUAUCUGACCACCGAAAACAAGAGCCUGCAGAGUCAGCUGACCGCGGCCAAACGGCGGCAGGCAGAGAUUGAGUGCAAGAGCAAAGAGGAAGUGAUGGCCGUGAGGCUCCGAGAAGCAGAAAGUAUUGCGGCUGUGGCUGAACUCCAGCAGCGAAUAGCAGAGCUAAGAUUUCAGAAAGAAGAAGGGAAAAUUCAAGGACAACUCAACCACUCGGACUCCAGCCAGUAUAUUCGUGAACUGAAAGAUCAGAUCGAAGAAUUAAAACAUGAGGUACAGUGUCUAAAAAGUCAGAGGGGCCUUCAAGACCAACGCACUUUUGACGGGAUCCACAUCGUCAGCCACAUCAUCGGGGACGACGUUUCCUUCCAUUCCUCCGACGAAGACUUUGCCACCAGCUCGCUACAGCCGGGGGGCGGCGGAGGCCUUCACUACGCCCUGGCCAAAAAGCACGGAAAGAUGGUUCUUGUCCCUUCAGAUCUGGACAGCAGCGACAGUGAUCAGGAAGAUCUGACGAUCAUAACAGAUUCCAAUGGAGUCAUCCCAAAACCGAUCCCGAAAAGAACAGAGUCCUAUUCCACCAUGGUUUGAUCUUCACUGUGACUUUCUUUCGUUUUUUUUUUUAACCAGACGGUCGUGACCAUAAACUGUUACAGUCCGUGGAUCCUUGUACAAUCUUCAGCCCUGACUGACCCGGCAUGGAUAGGGCCUCUAGUUGCCUUCACUUGUCUUUUUUUGGUUUUAGUUUUUUGCCAAAUGUUCAUAAUUGCCAUAUGGUAGAUGGAAGACGUUCAGCGGACACGUUCGUUAUUCAGUAUUAACAGAACCAGACACUUUUCUUUUUGAAUAUUUCUAAAUAUUUGGAUCAAAGCCGGUGCGGUACACGAUGGAGACCUCCAAAACGGACCCGUCUGGUCGUCUUAAAGUUGAAACCUGUGCAAUAUUUUACACCUGUUGAACAAAUCUGUAUUUUUGUUAAAUGUUUGGACAUAUCACGCGAGACGACCCUGAACCCACCAGCUCAUCAGUAUGUAGAAGGCUGAAGACAACCAGCUGGAUAAAUAUCGUCCAUCAUACAAAGGGUCAUCGUCUUCUGGGUUUGGGCAUCGGAUCUGAUCAUAUCAAAAUUGGACUUAUAUUUUUAUAUCAAAAGACACUAAACAAAUUCCUGUUCAUAGACUCGUAUGACACUCCACUAAUGAAAUCGAGGUACGGUAAGGGGUAAGAGCAGAACUUGGGGUUCUUGGCGUAGGACACGGUCUUUGCCUCUGUUAGGUUGGGUUCAAACAUGGCCGAUUAUGUUGCAAAAUGUUCUGCAACUGCAAAGAAUUGCGUUAAUCUGAAAUUAGUUCAGCACCUGUGACCGAAGUCAUCGUCUAGGGUUAGAAAAUUUUCAUAAACAAGACCAAUGUUUGGGGGUUGUGUUGAUAUCACAACCUAUCCCCAUUCUCAUAAAUGGAGCCUAGCCCAUGGAUAGUCAAUCCCGGACGAGCCCCCAUAAAUCGGCUCCUCCUCAUCUUCUGCCAUGAUAAAUAGGUUCAGCUUUCUAAGGCAUGGUUAAAAAUAAUAUAUAUAAUAUUUACCUCUUAGACUGAAAACACAUAUGGUUUGUGAUGCAUUUUAUGGACCCAAAGCCAGAAGUGAAUCCAGCAGAAACUAUAAGGCUAUGUUCACAUGACGUAUGCAGACAGUGUGGGAACUGACUCGUCGGUUCUUUUUGCGGAAACCUGAAUCGGAAUUUCCACGGCAAAAACAUCUUCCGUAAAAAUUACAAUCCAUGCCUCCUGAUUCUGCUGGUGCAGCAGAAUCCCAUAGCAAAAACAAUGGGACUCUGCUGCCGCAGAAUUUCUGAGCUGAAUUUGUCGAUGGAUCUCACAUGGGAAUUCCGCUGUGUGAACAAGGCCUUAUCCUUUAUUUCCCAAACCUAUUUCCACCCUGUCCAAGAAAACUGCAUCAAAAAUCACGUGUGAUUUCAGGGGGUAACUAAUACCUUCUAGAUGGGCCCCAUGUGUUAAGGGUGCGGUAUUUCUGAUUUUCGAUGCAGAUUUGCAGUCAUUUUGGUGAAAUUGCAGUAAAAUAGCAUCACGAUUUCACCAAGUAAAGUGAAAAUCAAUAUAAACCACAGAAAAAAACCUGCACCAUGGGAACCCAGCUUAACAAUGAGUCUCUUUUAUAAUGAAAGAUACAGCAUUAAAAACACUAGGACAGGUGUUUCCAAACUGCAGACCUCCAGCUGUUGCAAAAUAAAUGGAGCCUAGCUAUACCCCACCCCAUGGAUAGGUAUUUUUUUUUUUCUCCCUCCUCUAAUCCCGGACGAGCCCCCAUAAACCAGCAGAGCAUCAACAAGGAGUGGCAAAACUACAACUCUCAGCAUGCCCGGACAGCCUUCGGCUGUCCGGGCAUGCUGGGAGUUGUAGUUUUGCAACAGCUGGAGUCCCCUGCACUAAGAAAUGUAUCUGACCUUUAUCCCGUUGCCAUUCCGAUCCUCAGACUGUCGCCCGUCUCCUUCGCUGUUUCUCGCACAAUCGAGGACGCUAUGAGAUUUUUUUUUAUGUUUUAGUCGAUUCUGCCGCAGUGCAUCAAUCUGCCGCAGUUUUUCUUUUAACUCUUCGCAAGACGUGUGCAAAAAGCGUCCAACGUCUUAAAGCUGCAAAACGAGACCAAAAUGUCGUCAGUUUCUUUUUUUUUUUUUUUUAAA